CCCCCCUCACGCGCACGCAGGUUUAAUCCCCUAAAUUUUCAAAAUCUUGGCGCUACAGGUCCGGAUUCCAAAGCCUCUCAAUUCCGGCGGCGCUCAGGCAUCCCAGAGGAUCUAAUUAAACUGCCGGCUUCCAGUAAUUCAGAACAUGGUGAGAAAGACAAUACAUGUGAAUCUGGUCCAGAAGCCAUUAGCUCUGAAUCUCUACAUCUAAACUCUGAGGUAACAGAAGAGAUUAAUGGGGAGGAUCCUGGAGCCACUUUGGGUGUUUUGGAUGAAAAUAUGGAUGCUUUGAUGGAGGAUGACUUUGAAGGGGGUCCAAAUAGUAAUGGUGUGACCCCACCGGUUGGUUUGCGAAUAACAGAUUCAGUUGCAAAUGUAGAAAAAGUGGCAUCCGUUAGUUCUAUGCUUCAUGGAAAUGGAUUUGUAUCAGUUCAAAGUGAAAUAAGUGUCAGCAAUCUUAAGAAAAAUGAAGUACUUUUAAGUAAAAGGGAGCUAGAUGCUAAGUCUAUAUCUGGGGUUAAGAGACCUCGAGCAGCUGUUGAUGAGUAUCAACCUUCAGUGCAUGUGAUCUAUAGCUCUCUACCAAGAGAAAGUAAGCAAAAGCUCGAAAAGCUGUUAGAGCAGUGGUCCCAGUGGCAUUCAGAGUGGAGCUCUUCAUCAGAUGACUCAAAUGUAGUGCUGGAAUCUGGAGAAGAGACCUACUUCCCUGCUCUUCGGGUUGGCGGGGAUAAACCCUCUUCAAUAACCUUUUGGGUGGACAGCAAAACAAAAAUGCAGUCAAGUACAGAGUUUAAACAAUUGGAUAGCGCUUCUGUUCCUCUCUAUGAUCGUGGAUAUUCUUCAGCUUUGACUUCAACUGGUGGUGCCAGCAGUUUGGAUGGAAGAGCAGAUAAGCUGGAUGCUUCCCGUUGUUUCAACUGUGGUUCAUAUGGCCAUGCAUUGAAAGAUUGCUCUAAGCCACGUGACAAUGCUGCCGUUAAUAGUGCUCGAAAGCAACAGAAAGUCAAACGAAAUCAGCAUCCCAAUUCUCGAAAUUCAACUCGAUAUUAUCAGACUUCUCGAGGAGGAAAAUAUGAUGGUCUAACACCGGGUGUGCUUGAUGGUGAAACAAAGAAAGCAUUAGGCCUUGGGGAUCUUGAUCCACCUCCAUGGCUUAAAAGAAUGCGAGAAAUUGGAUACCCGCCUGGUUAUUUAGACGCGGAAACAGAAGACCAGCCUUCGGGCAUAACAAUCUUUGGUGAUGAUACAUAUAAGGAUGAAAAUGAGGAAGGGGAAAUCUUAGAUGCAAGCUAUGCUGAGCCAUUAAGGAAAAUGACUGUCGAAUUUCCUGGGCUAAAUGCCCCUGUCCCAGAAAAUGCCGAUGAAAGACUUUGGGCAUCUGAUGAAAGACUUUGGGCAUCCAACUCAUUGAGUUCCAACCCAUCUAGGUAUAGCUCACACCAACGGUAUAAUCAACCAUCUGAAACUUCCAGCAGAGGGUACUAUAGUGAGCAGAGGCGGUCGAGGGAUUGGGACGACGAGGGGCCUCCGGGGUGUGAACCUGGAACUAGCCCCUCUCUAUCGAAUCAUUUUCAUAGAUAUGGAGAUCUGGAUUCUGGUUACAAACCCCAUAGCCCCCGAGACAGCCCAUCUACGACUUGGAGCUCAAGCUAUGCCAGAUCGUUGUCGGAUAGAGGAAGACGAAGUCCCCUGCAUCGUGAUGGUUCCCCCACAUAUGGCUACUAUGGUUCAUAUGCUUCUCCUAGAUAGACAAAGGCAAUGCUUUUCUGUACCCAGGUGGAUCACCUAAACAAAUGAAGGUUUGUGUAACAUGUUAUUUAAACUUUGAAUUUCGUUACAGUAGUGGAACCACAAUCUUUCGAAUAGUUGUAUAACUUUACAUACACUUGCAAUCUUUGUUAAAUACAUUGAAUUUCAACAGUUUAGAAUGUUGAAAUUCAACUUUAAUAUAAUCUUUACAUGAUCUUGUAUUUA